UCGAAUGAUCGGCUGACAUUAAAUCAAGCAAUUGAAAUAUUAUUAAUUGCAGAAAAACAAAUGAAAGAUGAGAUUAAUGUUAUGGAGAUGGAAUGUAAUGAAUUGUUUCGGGAUAUUCAAAGCCUGAUCAGCAUUGUAAUUUGUAAUUCCUCACCGGUCACUCUUGUGCGAAAAAUAAAUCCACAUGUUGCCUUUGACCUUCAAACGGAUAGAAUUAGGCUACCUAUUCCUGGCGAACAGAACGUAUUUAUAACUAGCGCAUUGCCCUAUGUUAAUAAUGUACCUCAUUCGGGAAAUGUUAUUUGGAGUGUCCUAAGCGCAGACAUGUUUCUAGAUAUUCACGUUCUCGUAAUUAUAAUACGCUAUUCAUCUGUGGUACUGAAAAAAAUAUGGGACUGCCACAAAACAAAAGCUCAAGAAGGAAUCUCGUGUCAAGAACUUUGUGACACAUGCAAAAAUUUACAAGUGGUUCGAUAUAGAAUUCGGUUAUUUUGGCCGAAAUACCACUCAGCAGCAACUGAUAUUUCACAAGAUAUCUUUUUAAGAUUGUACAAAAAUGAUUAUCUUAGUGAAGAUACCGAUGCGCGAGGCGAUCAAUGCGAUUAUUGUGGCCAACUUCUUAACUCUGUAGAACUUAUGAAUCCACGAUGUAAAACAGAUAAUAGCACACCUAUCACAAGAAAAUCGAAUCACAUGUUUUUAGAUUUAUCAAAGUUACAAUCAAAAGUUGAAAAUUGGAUAGAAAAGACUAGUAUUGCACUUGGAGAGAAUUUAUUACUAGGAAUAAUACUGAAUUGUUGGCCAAUCUUGGAAAUUUUGUCAAUCGC